AUGCAGUCUGCAAGGGAUGCCAACGGAUUGACUUUGACCUUCGAGAAAUUUUGUGUGACAACGAGGGCGCGUGAUUCGGAAUUGGUCUUCUCGUUGAUUAACUCCAAUGCCCUGCUUGCAUUAUCUCCCCUACUUUGCGCCGCUAUCGUGCGAGAUGGUGUGCAUUCUUUUAAAGGCCUGAAGCAGGCCAUAUUUGGCCCUCGGAACUCGUUGCGUGUACGUUAUCCCGGGGAGGCCCACCACGGCCGUCUUAGAGUCAAAUUUGCGCCCUUGUUCGGUCCACUCACAUGUCUUAGCACCUGUCUCCAGUCACACCGAAUCCCCAUGUCCACACACCCCAUGUACAAACCACGAACUCGCCAUCGCGUUAAGAUCCAGGCUGUCAAGCUGUUAAUUGCUGUUCCAGCGCAGCAUCACGAGUUGACUUUGGGCGGUAGAGUGGCCAAGCACCACGCGAAGCCACCUGUAAAGGAUGCGGAGGAGAAGGAGGAAGAGGAGGAGGUUUUGCGUAUUACUCACGCUGCAAAUUUGUUCCAGCGCCUCAAGCUCCUCCAGACGUACUUGCGUGGAUAUCGAUCUCGUGUUGUGUCGGCCCCUAUUGGUCGUGCUGACGACCUUCACGGCACCACCGACUGGACGACCGCUGUUGGCCGUUGUCUAGACGCCUUGGUGAUCCAGACCCUCCGACAAUCUGUGCGUUUGCUUCCACGUCGGAUCGACCGAGUCACAACCAAUCGGAUGCUCUACGAGAUCCGCUCGUCAUUGGUGGAUGAUGGCGAGGAGUCGCCGCGCCUAGGCCUUCUCGCCGCCAACAGCCAAUCAGCGUCUUCGCCGCCACCGCCGACCUCCACGAUGUCCGAGGGCGACGCCAUCGAGUACGCCGAAUUGACCUUCCCAGCUGACCAGACACCAGGCAGACGGGCGCCCUUCCACGCCUCCGCCACCCUCGGUCGGCGCAGCUCGGGCUGCCGGCCAACUCGAAAACCCACUCCUGGCCCUUCGACAUCUGGGGCUGGGUCGGCGUCGAUGCAGCAACUCCCGCGAUCGCACACACAGGACAACGACGACGCUGAAGGCAACUACACCGAGAUUGUUGGCGUGAUGCAGCCCAAGGCCUACACUAGUCAGUUGGUGUUGAAACAACAGCAGGAAGCCACAAAGGCUAUCCUCGGAAUGAACUCGAACGCACAAUCGGUGUUUGUGUAA